GAACUUCGCCUAAUUCAGACCAUGAAUGGAAAGAUGGCGAUAUUCGAAAAGACGAUGAUAUAGAGGGUUUGGAGAUUGAUAUGGAGAAGUCUCACUCGCAGUUGUCAGUUUUUAUGGACCCGAAAGUAAGUCGACGAUUGUCGAUGAAAUGGAUGAAAGAGUCCAAGACGGAGCGCCCAAGCAGGCUACAGAGACCACCCUCAGAGGCAUUAUUUUCUCCAAAUAAGCCUACUGAACUGAAAGACCCAACAUCGGAUAGUCAGGGCUCUCGACAUCGCGCAUCCUACGGUUUUGCUCGCGUUUUACAAGGAUCAAAUUCUUCCAAUUUUUCAUCAUCGAGUCGCCUGCCGUUUGUAUUCGAGAAGAAGGAAAUCGAAGAGAGACAACCCGGACAAGGCUCUAAAAAACACAAGCAAAAAGCGGCGAAUAAUAAUGAUAAUGAGAAACAUUCAUCUCGUCUGGGAGGCAAGUCUGCUCGAACAGAUCUUGCGAAUACUGAUGAGCCGGCCCGUCGUUCGUUUGUGCAAAAAAUAGAAAAUAAAGGUCGUAAGCUUUUCAGAAAAGGCAAAGCGAAAAAGGCGAGGCCUACAAUUUUACCAUCGAGACCGACAAUUGAGGUUUUUGACAAUGUUAAGGAAGCAGUCAAGGAAUCUGACGAUGAAGAAGGGCAUGAAGCCGAAGAAGAAGACGACGAUUUUGAGAGUGAAUCACGAUCAUUUUGCAUGAACAGGACCGACGCGUUUGACGAGUCUCUAGGUACUGAAGAAUUUUAUUCCAUGCUCAGGCAAGUGCCGACAGAUGAAUUAUAUAUCGAUUAUUCGGCGUCCACAUUUCUGGGACAAGACUACGACGACGCACCUGCGCCCGAGUUCGAAAGAUCGGCGACGGAUGGAGGAACUGCACAACCAAGAGUUGCGUUCGUGAGAUCAUUGGCAAACUUGUUGGCUGAUCGCGGUGCAUCUGCUUUGAAGCCUUUGGACUAUCCGUUACAAUCUACAGAACAUGUGGUCCCUGAUUCGAAAGUUAUUGUUAGAGAAGAUGAACCCAGUUCCAUCAUAGCAUUUACGCUGAGCUCCAAGGACUAUCUCGAAAAAUUACAUUCUGUACAAAAAACUCAGCAGCCAUCUACGACAUCUUCAGAGAGGUUUAUGCCUGGCGACGAACUAAAAAGCGGUUCACAAGGUUCGGAUUGGGGAAUAUUGGACGUUGAUGCUGGGGACGCGUUGCUGAGGGAGACGGGAUCACAUAUAAAAUAUCAAGUAUCGGAAGGAUCUACAAAGUUAUUAUGUAAGAUAUUCUUCGCUGAGCAGUUUGAUGCUCUGCGACGUAACUGUGAAUGCGACGAGACCUAUGUCCAAUCACUUGCACGUUGUGUCAAGUGGGAUUCUUCUGGUGGUAAAUCCGGAUCAGCAUUUUUGAAAACAAGAGAUGAUCGUCUAGUAAUGAAACAGAUGUCGCGUCUGGAAUUUGAUGCUUUCCUAAAGUUUGCACCAGCAUAUUUCAACUAUAUGCACAAAGCAUUCUAUCAAGAGCUUCCGACAGUUUUGGCCAAAAUAUAUGGAUUCUAUCGUAUUGGGUACAAAAACGAACAUUUAGGCAAGUCUAUCAAGAUCGAUGUGAUUGUCAUGGAGAAUCUUUUCUAUGAGCGAAAGAUAUCAAAGAUUUUUGAUUUGAAAGGGUCAAUGAGAAAUCGUCAUGUGCAAAGUACCGGGAAAGAGAACGAAGUAUUGUUAGAUGAAAACUUACUUGAAUUGUUGAACGACAAGCCAUUGUUUCUUCACGAACAUUCAAAGGCGGCGUUAUACGUCUCGCUAUGGAAUGAUACACUCUUCUUGUCACAACAGAACGUGAUGGACUAUUCGUUACUGGUUGGAAUAGAUGAAGAGAAUCGGGAGCUUGUAGUGGGCAUAGUUGAUUUCAUUCGUCAAUUUACCUGGGAUAAAAGACUGGAAAGUUGGGUGAAAGAGACUGGGUUCCUUGGGGGUGGUGGUAAGGAGCCUACAAUUGUAUCACCUCGUCAAUACAAGCGCCGGUUCCGAGAGGCUAUGGACAGAUACUUCUUGAUGGUACCUGACGUAUGGUUUACCUUUAAAGAUUAUCACAAGAAUCGAGCAAGGGCGAUCGAGAGAGCUAGUGAUAGCUAG